AUGAAGGCAAUCAUCGCAGUCCUUUGUUUCCUCGUUUUAGUAGCGUACUCUAUUGGGGCGUCGGAUGUGAAGGGGGGCCUCAAAGAACGCUGCUAUCUGGAACCCAAACCUGGACCAUGCAAGGCAAGCAUCCCGAAGUAUUACUACGACUACGAUACCUUGCAGUGCAGAAAAUUUAUUUAUGGAGGCUGCCGCGGCAAUGCAAAUAGGUUUGACACCUUCGAGGACUGCCAAAAAGCCUGCAAAUGA